AUGGCUCCAGGCUCCCGCGAGGUCAGCUUCGUACCCUUCUUCCUUGCCAUCAUGUUGUCUCUUCGUCCAGCGCUAGCCGUUGCGCCGCUCCUUGUGCAAUUGGGAGCAGCUCAGACGAGCUAUGGAGGUGCUGCUGCCUCAGUCACAGUGCCCGGCGCCUCUUCCUACGUAGCGCCAUCUGGCUUUCCCACUUCUGCAUUCCCCUCCUACUAUCCGGUGCCAAGCGGGCAGGAACCACAACCUGCAUUGUUCGGUCUGUGUGGGCAAGCUUAGCCGGUCGAUGUCUUUCUUGGCUGACAUGUGAAAACAGAUCCUAUCCUGAACAUCACUUAUCCCAAGAACUUGACCAAUCCAGACACCAUUCCUGAUGACGAUGACGACCCUGUAUACUAUCCCAAGCCCAUCGCCAACCUCUCGAGCACCGAUCAGCAAGCCAUCAUUGCCAGCACCUUGACUCAAGUCAGAGGCGUGAUAAACAGCUCCUACUUCACCAGCAACUGUUCCAGGUGCGUUGCUGCACUCCAGGUGGCCAAGCAUGCCGCGCAGCUGGCCCCUAGCAUGGUCCCUGCUGCCAUGGUUCAACUAUGCAAUGAGACGAAGCUUCAUUCAUCCUCCACCUGUGAGGAGGACUUCCAAGCGACCACCUUUGGUGCCAUCUGGACCCAGAUUUUGGCGUUUGCGGACCUCACUGGACCUGACGGACAGUACAUCUGCAACUCCAUCUCGAGUACUUUCUGUCCCUCUCCAAAUGCUACGCAAUUGAAUACCACCAGCUUGUUCCCAAAGCCGAAGCCAAAGAACGCCACCGCUCCCAAAGCAAGCGGGGAGAAGGUCAAGGUCCUUCACAUGUCAGACUUCCACCUUGAUCCUAGAUACGAGGUCGGUGCUGAGGGCAACUGUACAUCAGGCCUCUGCUGUCGGCAUGGGAACCUCAACCCCAGCUUCAAUGGUUCCAUAAGCUACCCGGCUCCUCUUUAUGGCUAUUUUGCCUGUGAUACCCCGUACGAUCUUGGUCUGGCGGCCUUGCAAGCAGUAGGGCCUCUGACUGGGACUUCUGCGGACAACCCCCUUGCGUGGACGAUUUACACUGGCGACUUGGUUUCUCACGACCCGCAGACUGAGCUGAGCCGAGCGUACGUGGAGUAUGCCGAGACCUCCAUCUUCAACUACAUGUUCAAAAAGUAUUUGGUGCGUGUCAGGAGGUGCGAUUUUAGUAGAGGAUGAGUGCUAAGAGCUUUUCGUAGACCGGCCCAGUAUUCCCUGUCUUGGGUAACCAUGACACGAAUCCAGAAGCGAUCAACGCACCACACUCCCUCCCAGGUCCAUUGGGACAGCAGAUGAGCUGGAACACCGAGCAUGUUUCCAGCCUCUGGAAGCAUGAGGGCUGGAUUGACGAAGCCGCUGCAAGUGAAGCUCGACUCCACUACGGUGCCUAUAGCAUCAAGAACCACUACGGCCUUCGCAUGAUCACCUUCAACAGCGACUUCUGGUACAAGAGCAACUUCCUGAACUUCAUCAACACCAGCAACCCCGACGUGAGCGGAACAUUCAAGUUUGUCAUCGACGAGCUCCAAGCGGCUGAAGAUGCCGGCGAACGGGUUUGGUUGUUCGCCCACGUGCUUCCUGGCUGGGAUGGUACCAACCCCGUGCCAAAUCCCACGAAUCUAUUCUACCAGAUUGUCGAUCGGUACUCUCCGCACGUCAUUGCCAAUGUCUUCUUCGGCCAUACACACGAGGAUCAGGUCAUGAUCUACUACGCCAAUAACGGCACCAACCAGUCACUUGGCAAUGCUCUCAACACAGGCUGGAUCGGGCCUAGUGUGACUCCCUUGACGAAUCUGAACAGCGGUUUCCGCAUGUACGAAGUCGAUACUGGAUCCUUUGAUAUCUAUGAUGCCUACACUUGGUAUGCCGACGUCAAUGGCUUCCGCAAUCUGACAACCCACGGACCAGUAUACGAGUUUGAAUACUCUACCCGUGACACCUACGGCCCAGCAGCAAACUGGCCAACGACUGCUCCGUUGAAUGCCACCUUUUGGCACUCGGUCACUCAAGCGAUGGAGAAGGAUCGUAGUCUUGCCUCGCGGUUCAAUACGCUGCAGGGGAAGAGCAGUGUGAAGAGUCCGAACUGCACCAGCAUAGCAUGCACAACUGCGAAGAUUUGCUACAUGCGCAGUGGAAGCGUGCCGCUGGGACGGCAGUGUCCCCAAGGCUUUGGAAGCGUUCAGUCUGCCUUUACGGGCACGAACUUCUGA